AUGACGAAACUAACGACGGAGUCUGCUGUCUGCCGCAAAAUUGUGCAUUCUUUCUUGGAUUUUCUAGAUUCCGUUGAAGUUGGUCCUGGUGUUGACGAGGAAGGGCUUGAGGUUGCUAAAGAAUGCAUAAAGGAAGCAUUUAAGAUUACUUCAGAUUCUACCAAAGACUAUAAUAACUCGAAACCCAUUUCGCUUGUCAGUAUCUUCACUUCUCCUAGGGGUGAUGAGCCUAGUUCUUCUUCAGCUCCUGACUUGUCCAACUCUAAUGUCUCAGUGGAUGCAAGCAAAGAGCCUCUAUUUAACGGAAUUUGUAGAGAUGAACUAUUUGGCCAACUCUUUGUUGCGCUUGAGAAAGUUGGGUAUUUCAAUACCACGCCUAACGGAGAUGAUGAUCCUGCUCAGCUGGAGAAAGCAACUAAGAUAUUUCAUGAUGCUAUCACUGAAAUGGAAAAUUCGGGAUGCCAGACAUUUGAUGCAAAAAGCUUGGCAGAAACAUUCAAGUGCCAAGGUAACAAGGCCAUGCAGUCCCAGCAGUAUCUGGAGGCAAUCGAGCUGUAUUCUUUUGCAAUUGCGCUCUUAGAUAAGAACGCUGUUUUCUACUGCAACAGGGCUGCUGCAUAUACCCAGAUCAGCAUGUGCUCAGAAGCAAUUAAGGACUGUCUUAAAUCCAUUGAGAUCGAUCCAAACUAUAGUAAGGCUUACAGUCGUCUUGGGUUAGCAUAUUAUGCCCAAGGAAAGUAUGCUGAUGCUAUUGAGAAAGGAUUCAAGAAAGCUUUGGAGUUGGAUCCGCAUAAUGAAUCUGUCAAAGAAAAUAUCAGGGUGGCUGAACAAAAACUAAGAGAAGAAGAACAACGCCAGAGACGUAAUCAGAAUACAAACAUGGGACAUAAUCAAGAUCCAGGAAUGGGAGGGCAAGGAAUACCUUCUCAGUUCUCGAUGCCUUUAAACCCUGAUAUGAUGAGCAUGUUCAUGAACAUGACGGGAAACAGAGGAGGAGAUGGUAACAUAAACGGUACAAAUGAGCAUGAGAUUCGUGUAGGCGGAAACAUCAACAUAGAUCUUGGAACCGCGGAUCAAAUGCCUGAAGAGUUUUCAGGUGCAUUGCGAUCAAUGAUGCAGAUGUUUGGAGGAUCUCAGGAAGGUAACAAUAACAAUCCUCAAGGUACUAAUGGAAGACCAUCUGGAAAUUAA